GGAUGGGGGUGGAGAGAUGCUGACAGGUGCUGCAAGAGCGGCUCUUGGCACCGAAAGAGGACGGACGCCGGCUCCGGCGGGGAGCAGCGGCAGCGAGGCCGGCAGCCACAGCAGGUGCCCCCCGCCGUACCUCCUUCCCGCCCUGCCCCUGAGGCGCGCGCCAUGGGCUCUCCUCGGGUUUCGCCGCUGGCGCACAUCUUCAGAGGGAGCUUCGUGCACUCCAGCAGCACGUCGCCCCUGGACAUUCUGCACGGCCACCUGUUGGGGGUGGAGGAAAGCGGGAAGAUUGCUUUUCUGAAGCCAGUUGAAGAACAGGAGAAACUAGCAAAGAAGUGGGGGUUCAAAUCAUCUGAAAUACGGGAGCUCAAUAACAAUGAAUUCUUCAUGCCUGGUUUGGUUGACACACACAUCCAUGCUCCACAGUACGCUUUUUCAGGAACACGAGUAGAUCUGCCUCUUUUGCAGUGGUUGAAGGCCUACACGUAUCCAACAGAAACAAAAUACAAAGACAGUGAUUUUGCUGAAGAGGUGUACACUAGAGCUGUGAGACGAACUCUCAAGAAUGGCACAACUACAGCCUGCUAUUUUGCAACAAUUCAUACAGAUGCGUCUUUGCUUCUGGCUGAUAUUACAGAUAAAUUUGGACAAAGGGCAUUUGUGGGUAAAGUUUGCAUGGAUAUUAAUGAGUGUUAUCCAGAUUAUAAAGAGACCACCUCAGAAUCUAUCAAGGAGACUGAAAGAUUUGUUCAAGGAGUCCUGGAAAAGAAAUACCCAAGGGUGCACCCCAUAGUAACACCCCGCUUUGGACCAUCCUGUACAGAAGAGAUGCUUGGUAGCCUUGGUGACCUGGCAAAGGCUCAUGACAUUCAUGUGCAGAGCCAUGUAAGUGAGACAGAGGAAGAAAUCAAGCUUGUAGAAAAAAUGUUUCCAACCUAUCAAAAUUAUACAGAGUUAUAUGAUAAAAAUAAACUUCUUACAAACAAGACAAUAUUGGCUCAUGGCUGCCAUCUUUCGGAUGAAGAACUGCAACAUUUAACUCUUAGAGGAACUGCCAUUGCACAUUGCCCCAAUUCAAACAUAGCAUUGUGUAGUGGUUUUUUGAAUGUAAGAAAGGUUCUGAAGUACAAUGUGAAGCUUGGUCUUGGUACAGAUGUUGCUGGUGGCUAUUCAGCUUCCAUGUUUGAUGCCAUCAGAAAGGCAGUUAUUGUAUCAAAUGCCUUGAAAAUUAGUAAAGAGAAUGAAGAAGGCUUAACUCUGAAGGAGGCUUUUCGACUAGCAACUCUUGGAGGAAGCCAAGCCCUAGGUAUAGAUGCUGUCAUUGGAAACUUUGAGGUUGGCAAAGAAUUUGAUGCACUGCUUAUCAACACCAAAGCUUCAGAUAGCCCUUUUGACCUGUUUGCUUCUGAUACAUUUGAGGAUAUUAUCCAGAAGUUCCUGUAUCUGGGUGAUGACCGGAAUAUUGAAGAAGUCUAUGUGGCUGGCAAACUGGUGGUCCCAUUUUCAAGUUCUGUAUAAGAUUAGAUUGACUUUCUGCAUAAUAUUCUGGUGGUAACUCUGUGAUUUGGAAAGAGUGGGUGAAAAUGCGGUGCCUUGUUGUGAUGCUGUACUCACUUUGUUUAGUAUGUUUCUGAUUUGCACAAAUAUUGAUACAAAAUAAGUAUUAUGCCAAAAAGUUACUCCACUUAUAUGAAGAGCCCCUUCCAUGUAUACAUCCCCAUCCCUUAACAUAUUUUUCUAAUAGUCCUAAUAUUUAUGUCCCAUCAGUUUAUUGGGGCUACCUUCAUAAAGGGAGGCUGGAAAGCUCUGGGUUACAUUUGAGCAGAAAAACACUUCUGCAUGUUCAUAGGACUGGGAAGGGGGAGAGGGGAAUGAGUCCGCCACUGAACUGUACUGACUUGUGCAUGUUAUUCUAGAGAGUCACUCAAUCCUCUGGAAUGGCUUUUCAGAAGGUACACAUGGUGGUGGUGGGGGGGGCAGGGGCUCAAACAGCCAAACUGUAUUUUUAAACGCUAUUUGACACAGAAAAAUAUAAGUUAAACUGUUAAAACAAAAAGCCAUUUUUUCAUCCCUGAUGACGAUAGAAACUACUCAGGAAUUAUUCACAAGGAGGUUAAGUAGGGACAGGCCAGGGAGAGCUGAGCACAGACCCAUAUUUUUCCCAGUUCUGUGGAAUCCUAUUUUGUAACCAUCCAUGCAUUUUGGUAAUAUCUUAUUUUCCUUUUCCCUUGAGAAUCACUUUCGCUUGAGGUUGAAAGGCCAGCAGUAAGAUCACAAUCUGUUGGCCCACUUCUUUCUUAAAGUACUAGUAACUAUUUGUGCAUUUUUAUCUUUGUCAUGGAUCUUGUUUGGUCAAACAAUUUCAGAAGAACAUUCACACGCCCUAAUCUCAGUUCUGAAGCUGCUACCGAUCUAGGCACCUGUCUUGUUCUAGGGCAGGAGGCUCAGGAACACAUACUUUAUACAUGAAGUAGGUCUCAGGUUCAAUCCACAGUGGAUCUGGGUAAAGAAUCUCAGGUAACUGAUGUAGAAAAAGACCUUUUCUUGAAACCCGAGAAAGCUGCUGCUGCUGCUGCUAAACGGCCCACAGUCUAAGGCAGCUUCAGAGGUUCAAUAGACAAUGGGAAUGCACACUGGAUAGGCUGGGAGCCAUCUGAAUAGUUUCAGUGCUAUUUCAGCAACAGCAUUUGCAUGUUCAUUGCCUAAGAGAAUGAUGUUGCUUAAUUCUGUUUCAAAUGUUUUAUGAAUAAAAUUUUAAGGACCAAACCAAACAUUACAUGCCCUUGUGUGUAACAUCACACCACUUUUCCAUUUGAAAUAGGAAAAAAAACCCACUUCAUCUACUUGGGAUCAGAGGAGUAGCAGGGGAAGAGGUGCUAAUCCUUUCUCCCCCUGUCAUUUCCCUCAUCAGUUAAGAUUUGGUCUCUCUGUGACAGUUCAAAUACCUCUUUCCUUGUAUUUAAGCCUUUGCAAGAGAAGAUGCUGUUUGGAUGGGAGAUUUGGUGAAUAGCAAGAGUUG